UUUUCAGGCCCCUCCAAAUGCUAGAAUCCCCAGACUCUCCAGUAGUCGUGUGGUCUCGACCACCAUCACUUCGAUCUCUCCGAACAGGAAAACGAGUUGUACCCGGACAAUAUGUGCUCGAUGAGCCCGACACGCUGUGUGUUCUACCGUCUUCCAUGAGAAUUGUAUGCUGUCUUUUAACAUUGUUACUGAUAUUAUCACUGAUCGCCGCAAUAUUGAAUAGUUUACAAGGAAGCUCGAAUGGAAGUGUUAGCUAUUGCAAAAGACCAGAUGAACCAUUUAGGCCGGAUAUUUUAUGCCCCCGCGAAUCAAUGUUCUUCUUCUACAAGUGCUGCCCGUCAAGCCAGGAUCAUGAGAAAAGUGAAUGCUGCGCCAAAAUUCGGAUUUGGUUGAUGUUAGCCAUCGUUUGUGUGGUUCUCUCAUGUCUCGUCGGCAUCUGCUAUUCAAUAUUUCACUAUUUCUGCCGGCAUUGUCGACUUCCUUCGUGGAAGUCAUGGAAGUCUACAAGACUUCUUCGAUCCGACGUUUAACCCGUACCCCCAUUUUCUUAUAAACUACGAGUAUUUGAAUAUAUCCAUACCCAGUCAUAAAAUAAAAUUUAUAAAACUUUUGUAUCCUU